GCAGCCGGUUCGACGCGUUUUCCUUCUUUCAGCUCCUGAAUCGAGAUUCACUUUGCGCAGUACGAAGCGAGUGGGAUUUCCCUAAGUUCAAAAAACACUCUCCAGACUGUAAGUGCGGCGAGUCCCGACGGCUUUUAGAGUUCAUCAAAACUGCUCCGGCCAGCGCGAUGACGAGAGGACGCGCGGGGUUGAUUUAGACGCGAAUGCAUUGCGCUCUCACCCCAAAAAAACCGGGACUUGGACGCCUUCGGCUCCUGAAACGACGAAAUGUUCAAUUGAAAUGUGAACUAGUUUACUCAUUUUCUCAGCAUGCCUUACUCGUAGGCCUAAUGGAGUUAUCUGGAUUGCACGGAUCUUUUAGGAACGCUUCUACCUGAGCGAACGCAUUGGACGCGCGCUGCUUUUAGGGGUGACUUAGAAAUCCUCUCAUUUUAUACUGCGCCAAAACACUAUUUGCUGGGACAAUUUCCCAAUCUAUGGAAGAUGAUUGGUGAACCUCAGAGAACAACAGAUCGCUGACAUCAACGUGGUCUGCAUACUGUUUUUCAUUCUCCUUUACAAUCGAAACUAUUGUUCACCAUCUAGAGUCUUCAAUACCCAAAAUGGCUGCUUCAUUGUGGAAAUGUGCCCUCCUGUAUGGACUUUUGUUAACUGUGAUAUUUCUACAGUGUUCACAAGCUUUCAGUCGGGCAGCUCUACCGUUUGGUCUGGUGCGGCGAGAGCUGUCAUGUGAGGGUUACCCCAUCGACCUCCGCUGCCCAGGGAGUGAUGUCAUCAUGAUAGAAACUGCCAAUUACGGCCGCACAGACGACAAGAUUUGUGACGCUGACCCGUUCCAGAUGGAAAACAUUAACUGCUACCUCCCAGAUGCCUAUAAAAUCAUAUCUCAAAGGUGUAACAAUCGGACGCAGUGUGUUGUCAUCACAGGGUCAGAUGUUUUUCCGGAUCCAUGUCCAGGGACGUACAAGUAUCUAGAGGUCCAAUACGAAUGUGUUCCUUAUAUUUUCAUUUGCCCUGGAUCUCUGAAAGCAAUGGGUGAUCCGGUCUUUGUCUUUGAGGCCGAACAGCAGUCUGGAGCUUGGUGCAAAGACCCCCUGCAGGCCGGGGACAAGAUCUACUUUAUGCCAUGGACUCCAUACCGCACAGACACUCUAAUAGAGUACGCCUCGCUGGAAGAUUUGAGGAGUGGUCGACAGACGACUACUUACAAGCUUCCGCACCGUGUGGAUGGAACUGGAUUUGUGGCCUACGAUGGGGCCAUUUUCUUCAACAAGGAGCGUACACGAAAUAUCGUCAAGUUCGACUUGAGGACUCGCAUAAAGAGCGGAGAGGCCAUUGUCGCCAACGCCAACUACCACGACACCUCACCAUAUCGUUGGGGAGGCAAGACGGACAUUGACUUGGCGGUAGAUGAGCGUGGAUUGUGGGUCAUCUACGCCACUGAGCAGAACAACGGACGUAUCGUUCUCAGCCAACUCAAUCCCUACACUCUUCGCUUUGAGGCAACGUGGGAGACGGCCUACGAUAAACGCUCGGCCUCCAAUGCCUUCAUGUUGUGUGGGGUACUACACGUGGUGCGCUCCACCUAUGAGGAGAAUGAAAGCGAAGCCAGUAAGAGCCAGAUAGACUAUGUGUACAACACCAAGCUGGGGCAAGGGGAGUAUACCAACAUCCUCUUUCCCAACCAGUAUCAGUACAUCGCUGCUGUGGAUUACAACCCAAGGGAUAACCAGCUUUACGUGUGGAAUAAUUUUUACAUUCUGCGAUAUAAUCUCGAGUUCGGGCCGCCCGAUCCAGCUGAAGUGUCGACUAUCUCGGAUGAUGUCACGUCAACGGUGCAAAUGAGAAGAACAACACCUCCUGUCAUGACCACCACUACCACCACUGUCCACAGACCCCCGAUGAACAUACCCACCACGUCAAACCCCAAGCAGGGCAGAGGAGCCUCAGACACAGCAGUGGAUCACCCCGAGACUGCAGAGCCCACCGCUGUCAGCCUCCAACCCUCCAGCAAACUCUUCUGUGACACCACGGACCGGAGAGGAAUAUCCUGGCCACAAACUCACAGAGGAGCAACGGUGGAGCGACCAUGUCCCAAAGGAACUCGAGGCAUCGCUUCAUUUCUCUGCACGUCUGUUGAGGGGAUCUGGAAUCCGAAGGGUCCUGAUCUCAGUAAUUGCACUUCUCACUGGGUGACACAGGUGGCGCAGAAGAUCAGGAGUGGAGAAAACGCUGCAAAUCUGGCUAAUGAGCUGGCGCGUCACACUCAGGGCCCCGUAUAUGCGGGGGACGUGAGUUCAUCUGUUCGACUAAUGGAGCAGCUGGUGGAUAUACUUGAUGCACAACUGCAAGAGCUAAAACCUAGCGAGAAAGAUUCAGCAGGACGCAGCUUUAACAAGGCCAUUGUGGACACAGUUGACAACCUCCUGAGGCCAGAAGCUCUUAAAUCCUGGGAGGACAUGAAUUCCACAGAGCAAACACACGCCGCCACCAUGUUACUCGAUACCCUGGAGGAAGGAGCCUUUGUCCUUGCAGACAACCUGAUUGAGCCUGCCGUCGUCAGAGUGCCAGCAGAGAACAUCAUGUUGGAUGUGUACGUGUUGAGCACCGAUGGACAAAUUCAGGACUUUAGAUUUCCACAAACUAGCAAAAGAGGAGCAGCGAUUCAACUGUCAGCAAACACUGUCAAACUAAACAGUAAAAACGGUGUUGCCAAGUUGGUUUUCGUUCUUUAUAAGCACCUGGGGCACUUCCUCAGUACGGAGAACGCCACACUGAGGCUAAUGGGUGAGGGCGGAGUCAGAAACCACACCCUUACUGUCAACUCCCAUAUCCUCUCCGCCUCAAUCAACAAAGAGUCCAGCCGCGUGUUUGUGACGGAGCCCGUCGUGUUCACCCUCGAGCAUCUGGAUACUGAGAAUUACUUCAACCCAAACUGUUCCUUCUGGAACUACUCUGAGAGGAGCAUGGUGGGAUACUGGUCAACACAAGGCUGCAAACUCCUCGCAACGAACAAGACUCACACCACCUGUUCCUGCAGUCAUCUGACCAACUUUGCCAUUCUCAUGGCCCAUCGAGAACAUGCAGGCGAGGGAAGUGUUCAUGAUCUACUGCUGACAGUCAUCACACGCAUGGGCAUCGCUGUUUCGCUUGUAUGCCUCGCCAUUAGCAUCUUCACCUUCUGCUUCUUCCGCGGCCUACAGAGUGACCGCAACACCAUCCACAAGAACCUGUGCAUCAACCUCUUCAUCGCUGAGCUCCUCUUCCUCGUAGGCAUCAACAUGACCGAACCUCCGAUUGUGUGCUCUAUUAUUGCUGGAGUUCUUCAUUUCUUCUUUCUGGCGGCAUUUGCGUGGAUGUGUUUGGAGGGUGUUCAGUUGUUCCUCAUGCUCGUGGAGGUCUUUGAGAGCGAAUUCUCACGACGAAAGUACUACUACGUAUCCGGAUACCUGUUCCCCACUGUGGUGGUCGGGAUUUCGGCAGCCAUCGACUACAAGAGCUACGGGACCAAGAAAGCCUGUUGGCUGAGGGUUGAUAAUCAUUUCAUUUGGAGUUUCAUUGGUCCAGUUACAUUCGUCAUUAUGCUCAACCUCAUCUUUCUGGUGGUGACUAUGUACAAGAUGGUAAAACACUCGACGUCUAUGAAACCUGAUUCCAGCAGACUGGAGAGCAUACGGUCGUGGGUGUUAGGCGCUUUUGCGUUGUUGUGUCUUCUUGGCCUGACCUGGUCGUUUGGCCUGUUUUUCUUGAACGACUCUUCAGUACUGAUGGCGUACCUCUUCACCAUCUUCAACACCUUACAAGGGAUGUUCAUCUUCAUCUUCCACUGUCUCCUUCAGAAGAAGGUGCGCAAAGAGUACAGCAAGUGUUUCCGGCAGUCUCAGUGUUGUGGCGGUCUGCCAUCUGACGGACCCCACAGUGCUAACAAAACCUCAGCGUCUAGAUCUACAGCUCGAUAUUCAUCGGCUACACAGAGUCGUAUCAGGAGGAUGUGGAACGACACGGUGAGGAAACAGUCAGAGUCUUCCUUCAUCUCCGGAGACAUCAAUAGCACUUCCACACUAAAUCAAGGAAUGACCGGCAACUAUCUCCUAACUAACCCUCUCCUCCGGCCUCACGACACUAACAACCCCUAUAACAACCUCCUCGCCGAAACCAUCGUCUGCAACACCCCUUCACCUCCGGCUUUCCACUCCCCAGGCCAGCACUCGCUGACUAACAGCCGUGAUGUCAGCACCAUGGACACACUCCCUCUCAAUGGCAACUUCAACAACAGUUACUCACUGCGUGAGGACGAUUACGAAGACCCUGCAUUGCAUUGCCCGGCUGAGUGCACCAUAGGCCUGGACGAUGCUGCUUUUGAAAAGAUGAUCAUCUCUGAGCUGGUCCACAACAACCUGAGGCCUCGCGGGCCACCACGGAACCAAAGCAGCGAAAAAUGCGAGCAGGGCUCCAAUCGCAACCUGGAAAGAGACCCAGCACCACAGCAGAUCCGUGUUAGUAUCAGCGGGGGUGUUGGGAACAGCAGCGUGAGUGAAGACGAUGCCAUAGUUGCUGAUGCCGACACCUCCGCCUUACCACCGUCCUCUAGCCACACAACGCUGGAACUUCUUCUGCUUAACCCGAACCACCGGGAGGCCCUUGAGGCCCCGCUUUUGCCCCAACGGACUCAUUCCCUCCUUUAUUGUGCUGAAAGGGCUUCUCGGCGGACAGCUAGGCCGCAGGAUGACAGCGGAGAGGUGGAAGAAGAUGAAGAAAGGGCAGGAGAGGAAGAAAACACCCCCUCACCAAAUAACAGGGACUCGUUGUACACGAGCAUGCCCAAUCUCAGAGACUCUUCCCCUUUGCCCUCAGAAUUGCCUGACCCUACCAGCGGCGAAGACGAUGGGUCCCCUUGCCCAUCCAGCCACAGCGAGCCCGAGGAACUCUGUCACAAGAGCUUGCCCGACCUGGGCGAUGGGACCCAACAGCUUUCCUACUAUCAGAUUAGCCGACGGGGCACCAGUGAGGGCUGUAUUGGCCCCGGGCUCCCUGACGGCUGCCUCCCACCCGAAGGCGAGAUGCAGCUAAUCACCAGCCUUUGAGCCACGAAUGUUCCCUUUCACCCAUUUUCUUCGGUUGCUUCUCCCCUCUCUUCAUUCAGCCACAAACUAGGGGAUGAGAGGAACUCGUCAACGGCACAAUGACUAUUUUUAGGACAUGAUUGACAGUCUGUUGAAACUAUUUUGUUGUGCGAGUGCUGAUAGAAGUGUCUGUUUUAAGACUGGCGUCAUCCACAUCUGCCAAAAGCUUUGUACAAUAUACUGUAAAAAAAAAAAAAAAAAAAAAAAAACUAAA